CACUAUAUUUAAUUCCACCAACCCAUCUUCAAUCAAGGAUCUUCAAACCUCUCCAUCUCUCCCCCUUUUUUUUUGGGGUUUUUUUUUUAUGUUGUUUUGAGCCACAACACAAAGCUUCCAAGUUCAUCUAGAAAUAAUGGGGAUCUUGAGCUGGUUGCAGAGCAAGUUCAGGGGGAAACAAGCACAGAGAGAUGAUGUGGGGUCAAGCACCAUUCCUAAUCCCAGUCAACAGGAAUUCGACAGAGAAUUCAUCAACUCACUUCCAUCACUACUCACGAUUGGGACAUUGGGUUCAGAUGAGUUCACUCAAGACGACCAGAGAAUUGAUUCAUUCAAGAAUAAAUCUUUCUUGCAAAAUCUAAUAGAUGUUACAGCUGAAGAGGAGGUCCAACUGAGGGACCUAACUCAACUGUCAUCCAAAACCAAUGGCGAUGGAUCACAAACAGUGGUGCUGCAGAAUGACAUUGACCCUAAGUUAUACAAUGAUCUAAAUGACGAAGACAACGACGCUGAUAUGUUGCCGUAUAAGAAGCUCACCUUAAACAGAACAAAACACAUGUUAUCAGAGAAUUGUAACCUGAUCAAGCAAAAGCCGAUCUCAUUGAUUGUAAAAAACAUAUUCAUCUGCAGGAGUGGCUUUACCCUGGCUUCAAAGUUGACGGAUCCCGUGCCUGAAUCAAAAAUGGAGAAGUUUUACAAGGCGAUACUUCACAAGAAAGUGUACCCACAACAUUCAUCACAACAAACAAAGUGUUUGGAGAAACGAAGGAAGGAGACAGCAUGGGAUGAUGAUGAGAUGCAUAAAAAAGGAGAAAAAGGAGGCCAGUGGGUCAGAACAGAUUCAGAAUGUAAGUUGUCUAUGAACAAUUGUUAUCCUGCAAUUUGUUGGUUCUGAAUUGCGAUUUCAACUAAAUGUUUGGCUUUUUUUUUCCAUGAGUCCCACCUCCAAAAGUAGAUUUUAAAGGCUUUAUAAACAACCAAUUACAUUACCCACUUUCGCAUAGUGCAUGGAUGUAGAUAUGCAUGGAUGUGGCUUGGCUUUACUAACAACACAUGUACAUGUUCCUGCUGGACUCCGCUUGAGCACUGGGUUGAGUUCAUUAUAAAAAAAGUCCUAUAUUUUAUCUUUACAACAGUCUCUUUCGUAGUUGUUUAUUUGGGUUGGACUAGUAUUUUAGUUCAGUUAACCUUGUCGGGCAAAUUCGCCGCUUGGUUAGACUGACCAUAUUGACAAAUUGAAUCAAUUUUGUUACCGAGGUUUAUAAAAAUGAGUUUUGAGUCUUGGAAGAAUAAUAAUCUUCUAUCCAUCCCUAACACCAGAAACCCCAAUUCUUUCUCACUUUCUUCUAGGCUUGCCAUCAGAAGCCCAUUUUGUUUGACAUCUUGGAAUACACUUAUAUAAAACUGGUUUGUUAAUGUAUCAUAGGGGAGGUUUGCCGCACUCUAUGCAAUGUGAGUGACAACAUUCUAUGUAAAGAGAGUCUGCUCCCUGACACUUCCACCGGAUUUUUUUUUCUCACUCUGUUUUAUUUUGUCAAUAUUUGUAGUUCUCCUUUCCUAUUGCAUUGAUUGGUUUUUGUUUGGAUUUUGGAAUUUUUAAUUAAAAUUAUCUCCUGUUAAGUUUUGCUAAGUUUUAUUCAUAACACUCUUUUAGUAGUUUCCAUGGAAUAGACCUAU